AUGCUUGGCUCCUGUAUCGACGGCAUUGUUCACAAUUUAAGAUUCCAAAAAAAGGACAUUAUGUCUUUACUAUCAUUUCGUAUUAGUGUAGCUGAAGAUUUAUUGAAAUCGAAUCCACAGCCUCUGUCAUCACAGAAACGUGACCGUCCAUCAUUACAUUCAAUAGAUAAAGAAAAUCUUGCAGCAAUUCCACCUAGAACUGCACCUGGUCCAGCUCCAUCAACAAAUUCUCGUUUCGACAAGUAUGAUCAUUGGCCUAUUCAUACGGGAAAAGGCCGUUGCUGA